AUGGGUUGCUUGUUUUCGUAUUUCUUUGGUUCUUCCGCUAGUAGUGAUAUUGUAGAGCAGCCACCAGCACGUCAACCUUAUUCAUGGGAAAGAGCUGAUCGAGCAGCAAUAAAAAAAGAAGAUUUUAUUCUCGAUAAACUAAAGGACCAAACAAUCUUUCGAUUGGCAGGCUCAGUUAAUGGGCAACAAUUCAUAAUUCAAAAUUGUGAAAAUUGUACUGUCUACGUUUUUGAUCAUACUGGUCAAGUACAAAUUGAUGAUUGUACGAAUUGUUGCAUAUUCAUUGGUCCUGUACACGGAAGUAUUUUCAUUCGAGAUUCAAUUAAUUGUGUAUUAGCAACUGUAUGUCAACAAUUUCGUACUCGGGAUUGUCGUGACACGCAUGUUUAUUUAUCAUGUGCAAGUCAACCAAUCAUUGAAUCAUCGCACAAUCUAAAAUUUGGAUGUUUAACAUUAAAUUAUGAUAAUUUAGCUGAGCAAUAUAAAUCGGCUGAUAUUAGUCCAUGGAAUAAUAAUUGGAGUAAUAUUCAUGAUUUUACAUCGAUUCCUGAUGGAAAAAAUUAUUCACUACUUGAUAAAACUGAGAGUGUUUUUCAACAUUUGCCAGUGCCAGUUGAUCCAUCAUGUAGUCAUUUAAAUAUCAAGGAUGACAAUGAUACAAGUGUUACACCCUAUACGUACGGACAGUUAUAUCGUGAUCGACAUGAAGAGCGUUGUUUGGUAAUCUUUUUUCAAGACUUAAAUGCUGAUGCUUGUGCUCGUGCAUUAAUUCAAAUGGCGACACAAUCUGAAGUUGUACUCGUACAAACAAAAUCCUAUAAAAUGGAUGAAAUGAGUGUUGAAGGCAUGUUUGGUACUAAUCGAUCAUAUGUGACACUGGUUGCUAAAGGUCCUGUUAUUGGACUUGAAUUUGCUGGCAACAAUUCUAUAUCUAUUUGUCAGCAAAAUCUUCAUGCUUUAUUAACAACGAAAUAUCAAAAUUUACCUCAUUUUAUCAGUCAAUCACCGGCUGACGCACGCACACAGGUUGAUAAAUUUUACAAUUUUGCCAGUAUGCAAAUGUUUGCAUAA